CGGGAACAUGCUUACAAGCCGCGACACCUGAAUGAGGAACUGGUACUGAGUAGGAGCCUGGCGCACGGAGGAGGGCCGGGACGCCGCGCCCUCCGACAGCGGACAAGAUCAAGGUCAUCCAAGAUUGACCGGAACCGACCCAAACCACGGAGAUUCGUUCCUUCAUGGGAUUGGCCGGGCAUUAUCAACGCUUCAUCGGUAGAUACGCACGGAUCGCCGCACCUUUGUCGAAACUGCAGUCUUUGAAGGUGCCCUUCCAUUUCACCGACAAAGUCCGGAGUUCCUUCCAAAGAUUGAAUACGGUGUUGCUUCUCGUUUUCGUCUCGAGUAUCUACGAUCCCACCUUGUCAAUGAGAGUGACCACAUACGCUUUCGGCUACGACAUUGGUGCAAUUUCGGAACAACACGGCGGAGUAGAUUGGCAUCCGGUUGAGUACUUCAGCCAAAAGGUGCCUCCCAUCAACUUGGUUGAUGAUGUGUGGAAGGAGGAGUUGCUCGUGUUUGUCACGGUACUGAAGCGUUCGCGACACUUCCUCCUCGGGCGUCAUAGGUUCACUUCGGCAACAGAUAACAACCCAUUGACCUACUACAAGACGCAAGACACGAUGGGCUUCGGAAUACAGCAGCUAGCGGAUGACCUGAAAGCUAUGGCUGGGCCUCGUGGGGAUGUGUGGGUCAUCGGCUGCCAGAACGCUGGCAAGUCAUCGCUCAUCAAUGCGCUUGGGCGAGUCAACAGCUCUGAGACGUACGUGUCUGCUCUGACAGAGGCAGCUGUUCCAGGGACGACGAUUGGCGUUCUCGAGAUUGAUGGCGUUUUGUCAGGAAGAGCACGGCUUUAUGACACUCCUGGCCUGCUGCACCCUCAUCAAGCUCCUCGUCCAGUGAUGAGGCAGCCACAGUUUGCUGUAGUUCCCCCUGCAGGCGCGGGUCCCUCAACGAUGCCGCGACCCACGGGACAAACCUUUUCUCCAAUGUUUGGCAUGCCCCCUCCAGGUGGUUUAGCAGCAACUAGUGGUCCGGUUCAAAGAGUCUCAACCGUACCAUCCACGACAGUGGUAACUACAGUCCCACUGUCAAGCCAGGCCCAGGUUAGUGUGCAGCAGCCUGUUUCAGUGGCUAUGCAGCCGCUGCAGCAAGCCCCUGAGCCCAUGCAGCCUAUGCAGUGGAUGCCCAAGAUACCUCUGAUGAGUCCCAAGCCUUUCUAUGGAGAUAGGAAGGAGGAGGAAGACUUGGACACCUGGGUGAGGACUAUGCCUACUUAUGUGAGGCACAAGCUCACAAGGCCAGAGCAGGAAGUUGUAGUGGCUGCCUCCUUUUUAGAGGGGUCAGCAACUCGCUGGUUGAAUGGCUUAGUGCAGCAGCAGGGCUACGGUCAGGAUUUUGAUGCCUGGGCUCAGGCUCAGACAUUGGAACAGUUCGUACGGUCUGUUUACAACCGGUGGCACGACCCGCAAGGGCCUCAAAAGGCCACCGAUGCUAUCAACAACCUUUGUUCCCGCAGGUUCAAGGAUGUUAGAGAGCUUACAGACACCGUAGAACGCCUUCUCGUGGUACCUGGUGUGCGUUUUGACCAGGAGGUUCUCCUGACGGAUUACCUAAGGUGCCUACCUGCAGAGGUAAGGACCAAGCUGGUUGACGAGGCCUAUGUCGAACAGCACACUUUCACAUCUUUUAGUAAGAAAGCUCUGGACAUUGAGGCAAAGCUGGGGUCUGCGCAUAAGGCAUCUCAUGAUGGUAGGAAGAGACUACCCCAAGAUUGGAAGAAGAAGGGUCAGUUAAUGUUCGUUGACCACGAUGGUCAAUCGACUGAGAUUGACGAUUUCCCAUACCUUGGGGAGUUGACAGAGCACGAUGGGGCUAUUGAGACUUCAGAUGGAUGAGUCGUGGCCCCCAUCAAAGAAAAGGCUAGGGGGACCGGGAAGAAGAAGGUAGGACGGUCCACGGGUCAGGGAGACCAAGGGACACCCGCAUGGGUGAAGC